UUCAGCUGGCGUUACGAAUUACGAAACAAGUCAAGAGUAUCGAGGCGUUGUCGAUGAAUUCAAGCAAGAAUCAUUGAUUUUAUCGGCAAGGACAACGAUGGGAGGCCAAGUAUCGCGAACUGACUUUGAAUGGUCCUACACAGCCGAGCCACAUGCUUCAAGGAGAAAGGAAAUUCUAGCUAAGUACCCACAGAUCAAGAAGUUGAUGGGCUAUGAUCCAAACUUCAAGUACCAAGUACUCUUGUUGAUUGUGAUCCAGUUCACAUUGACAUAUCUGCUGCGUGGGGUCUCAUGGCCUGUUCUAUUUUUGGCUGCGUACACCAUUGGUGGAGUCAUCAAUCAUGCGCUGCUCUUAGCUAUCCACGAGAUCUCCCAUAACUUGGCUUUUGGUCACGCUCGCCCUUUACACAACCGCAUAUUCUCCCUGCUGGUCAAUUUUCCUAUUGGGGUACCGUGUGCCAUCUCGUUCAAGAAGUACCACCUUGAGCACCACAGGUACCAGGGAGAUGAAGAGUUGGACGUUGACUUGCCAACAGAGUUUGAAGCCCGGCUGUUUUUUAACACCAUUACCAAAUUUUUGUGGGUGGUAUUUCAGCCAUUUUUCUACUCACUGCGCCCAAUGUUUGUAAACCCAAAGAAUCCCUUGGCUUUGGAAAUUAUCAACAUGGUCAUCCAGUUUAGUGUUGAUGCUUUAGUGGUGUAUUACUGGGGAGGCAAGGCAUUGGUGUACAUGAUUGCAAGUUCUCUGUUGGGUAUGGGCCUUCACCCAGUGGCAGGGCAUUUUAUUUCCGAGCACUACAUGUUUGCAAAGGGUUUUGAGACCUUUUCAUACUAUGGCCCCUUGAACCUUGUGACAUUCAACGUUGGUUACCAUAAUGAACACCACGAUUUUCCGAGUGUCCCCGGCUCCAGAUUACCCUUGGUAAAGGAGAUUGCCUCUGAGUAUUACAAGGAUUUACCGCAGCACCACUCUUGGACAAAGGUACUUUAUGAUUUCAUCACUGAUCCUGCAAUUGGACCAUAUGCCAGAAUGAAACGCAAAGCAAUGAAGCCCAGCAACAAGGAAGAAUUGGAGAACUGAUCAUGAAAUUUUCACUGGUACAGUGUAUUUCUUUUUCAAAUGGAAAAAGUUUGGUUUAGUGGAGUGGAAUAAUAAGAUGAAGUGUUAUUUGAUUUCAAACAGUACAGAUGUGAUGCCAUUGUGAUGGUACGACAUAGAAAGAAGUUGUAAAAAAGUUAAACUUAGUACUAUUUCAAGUUGGAGAAAGCUACCAAAAUGAAUGUUUGAAAGAUUAUGUUACCUUGAGUCAUUGAGUGGACAGAGUAACAUUUUGAAAUUUAUUUAUUUUAUAAGCACCAGUAAUAGCUUAUUGCUUCAAUAACUAGACAUCAGGCAUAUGCCAACCAUGUGAAAAAAACAAUCUGAUUGACAGAACUUUAUUUUUGAAAAGGCUUAAAUUUUGUACAAGCUUGAGAGAAGAUCAAAAUAUACAAUUUAAUCUUGGCCUAAUCAUAAAGGUGAUGAGAAGAAGUAAUUUUGGCUUUGACUGUCUCAUGAGGUGCUUAUAUGUACAGUGUUUUCUUCAUUUUUCGAUAGUUUCUUAAUUGGCCCUAUGGAAUAUUUUCCAAUUCUCCAGGGAUAGCAAUCUAUUUGUUUCAUCAAGUCUUGAACAUUCAUUUUCUGUAAAAUUUUGUAUUUAUCUUAGUCUGACAAACUCAACAGCAUUGUUGUGUAGGUACAGUGUAUCUAUAAAAUCAGGUUUUGAUAGCUAGCCUACAUUUAUGUUAGGCAUCAGCUAGGAUUUUACACAUAAUGCUCAAAAUUUUCAUUAUUAUGCUAAUGUUCAAUGCUCAAAGAGUCUUGUUAUAAUGCACUUAAGGCAUCACUCCAUUACAGUUACAUAAAAAAGAUAAUAUUUUCCCUUUAGCGCUUAUUUUAUUGAAGUGUGAACAGUGCCUCAUUGUAAUUCUCCAUCGCUGUGGCUUGACUAUUAGCAAAUGAGUUUUCUAGAAAUGAAAAAAAUCGCUCAGGUGCAGUAGAAGAGGUGUGAAUUACUAAAACCUUCUUGCAUGCUGAAGCCCAAUUUGGAAGCUGUCUUUCAUGUGGAGACCACCAGCUAGUCACAGAUUACUCUCAGCCUGCCCAAAGCCCUGAAUCAGCCAGUUUUUCUUGCUAUUAUUCUGGCAUAAUUCUCUUUUGUCUCGCUUUAAUGCUCAAAGUAAUUUCGACAAAAUGUGUAAAAUCCUAGUAAUGGCUGCAACCAAAACACUCCACCAUCACCAGAAAUAGUUUCUGUUAUCCUUGGUGUACAUUAUAGUGUUAAAACCAAGAAAAUAUAACAAGAAAACUGCACCCAGAAACACGAAAAUGUCAAGGACUGUAUCUCAUAUGUAAUUCUG